GAGCCAUCUGGUUGAUCUGCACUAGACAGGCAAGCUCCGAGCUGACCCAGGGCUUGUUCCAAGCCCAGGCUGGGUGGGCUAGGGCAUCCGGGAAGCGGAGGGAGCCAGUCUAGGAACCUCAAGUGUGAGCAGUGGAGAGGCUGGUGGGCAAGGCUCAGCCUCUGAUGGGAGGGGAGGCCAGAACCUAGCUGCUAGCACGCAGUGUGUGUCCUGGUUGCAGACGCCUGGCUCGGGUCCGCUAGUGCGCCACCACCCCUGGCACUCAGGCUGGGAGUUGGCGAAACUCCCUCACCUGUCGGAACCCGGAUCUGGCAGCGGGAAGGGUCUGGCAGCCGGCGCCUGCUGGUUACAGCAAGCUUGGCAAGUGGCCCUGCCUGCACUAGGGGCGCCACGGCCAAGGAGGCAGGUGUGAGGCUGCUCCGCGCCCUAGCCUCUUCGAAGGUCCGUCGUUCUCCUUUGUCCUCAGGCACCAUCAGGUUGGGGUAGGCCUAGGGGCAACUCCCACAGACGCCAGGACUGUAGGUUCGAGACGCCCCGCCUCCUCCUGCCUCUUAGAGCGUGAGUGCUGGAGGAACCUUCCAUUCGGAGAGAGUCUACAGUAACUGCAGAGGUUUUCAGAACUUUGCAGGCAGAGGCUCGCUGGUCCGUUGUCUGCAAGCCACGCCACCUCUGCUGCUAGCUUGCGACACCCCAAGACUCGGAGAGACUACUCUCCCAGAGGCACCUACACCCCAACUUUUGAUUCGAGGUCUGCGUUGCCUACCUGGGUGCCCAGCUACAGUGUCCGGGGGCGCGCAUCUUCUGGAGACAGCGCCGCUCACACAGCCCAGCUCGCUCUUCUUUCCCGUAAGAGUGAGGGGCUGGGUGCCUGAUCCGGGACCACACAAGCCCUCGGGCGGAACUGCCUUCGAGAAAGGUUAAGGCCAGGAGCUCUGAGCCCCUUACUCCAAACCAUAGUCGGUUCAGGUGUUUUCUCUCCAAACCCUGCGCCUGACGCAGAUCAUCCGCGCUGCCGGGCGGUGAGCGUGGGGUCCCUGUCGCCCCGUCGGAGUGGCAAACCAUGGCCGGCUGCUGCUGUCUGUCUGCGGAGGAGAAAGAGUCGCAGCGCAUCAGCGCGGAGAUCGAACGGCAGCUUCGCCGCGACAAGAAGGACGCGCGCCGUGAGCUCAAGCUGCUGUUGCUGGGGACUGGAGAGAGUGGCAAGAGCACCUUUAUCAAGCAAAUGAGGAUUAUCCAUGGGUCUGGCUACAGCGAUGAAGACAGAAAGGGCUUCACGAAGCUGGUUUACCAAAACAUAUUCACCGCCAUGCAAGCCAUGAUCCGAGCAAUGGACACCCUGAGGAUACAAUACGUGUGUGAGCAGAAUAAGGAAAAUGCCCAGAUCAUCAGAGAAGUGGAAGUAGACAAAGUCUCUGCACUCUCCAGGGACCAGGUGGCAGCCAUCAAGCAGCUGUGGCUGGAUCCGGGAAUCCAGGAGUGUUACGACAGGAGGAGGGAGUACCAGCUGUCAGACUCUGCUAAGUAUUACCUGGCUGACAUUGACCGAAUCGCCAUGCCCUCUUUCGUGCCAACACAACAGGAUGUGCUUCGUGUUCGAGUGCCCACCACCGGCAUCAUAGAGUACCCAUUUGACUUGGAAAACAUCAUCUUUCGGAUGGUGGAUGUUGGUGGCCAGCGAUCUGAACGACGGAAAUGGAUUCACUGCUUUGAGAGCGUCACCUCCAUCAUUUUCUUGGUUGCUCUGAGUGAAUAUGAUCAAGUUCUGGCUGAGUGUGACAAUGAGAACCGUAUGGAAGAGAGCAAAGCCUUGUUUAAAACCAUCAUCACCUACCCUUGGUUUCUGAACUCAUCUGUGAUUUUGUUCUUAAACAAGAAGGAUCUUUUGGAAGAGAAAAUCAUGUACUCUCAUCUAAUUAGCUAUUUCCCAGAAUACACAGGACCAAAGCAAGAUGUCAAAGCUGCCAGGGACUUUAUCCUGAAGCUGUAUCAAGACCAGAAUCCUGACAAAGAGAAAGUCAUCUAUUCUCACUUCACAUGUGCUACAGACACUGAGAAUAUCCGCUUUGUGUUUGCUGCUGUCAAAGACACAAUUCUACAGCUAAACCUUCGGGAAUUCAACUUGGUAUAAAUGGUGUGGCACACUCCCCCCAGACAGAGGCUGACCUGAGCUUAUCCCACCUGUACCACAAGUGCUUCUGACCACCUGGGCCAGGCUCCAAGGACAUUAUGUAGCCCACAAGAACAGAGAUGGGUAGUGUAACUUGAAAGAUAUUUGCUUUACCAACCCUUUUAAGUGUCUUUAAUUCUUGAUCGUCUUUUCUUUUCUUACUGUUUGGAUGUAAGGUUAGGCAUAAAUUUUGAGUUUGGUAGUUUAUAGAAUUUUAGAAGGCCACUGUGAUCCCCCCCUUUUUUAAACUAUAAGUGUUCAAGAGCUAUUAAAAAUCACAUAACAGGGGGGACUUGUUAAUUUAUAGAUCAUGCCUUCAGACCUUUAGGAUUAAUUUGAGUGACUAAAACAUCUUAAUAAGCAUGAUGGUUUUUAAAUAAACCUUAAAAGACACUUC